AUGGAAGAAUAAAAGUUGCCUUUUGAAGAAGAAGUGAAAAAGCUAAUUGCAUCUCUCGAAUAGGAGUUUGCAGAGCAUAAUAUUAGGUUCAUAUUUGUAGUAGCAGUUGGAAGCAGAUUAAAUUAAACAUAUCAUGAAAAUUCAAAUCUAAAUAUCAGAGGAUUUUAUGUUGGUAAUAAAGAUUCCUACUUAAGUGUAAUGAGACCACCAAAGGAAAUAAAAAUAAAUAAAGACAUUAAAAAACAAAAUUAAGAUAGCUUUUAUAUUGAUUACGAGUUUAUGGAUAUUAAAAGAUUACUAUUUGGAGCAAGUUAACCAGAUAAGUAGGUUCAUGAUUCCAAUUUAUGGUUUUACAGUAAUAUUGUAUACAUUAACUAAAUUGAACCUUAAGUCUUUUAGUAAAUAAGGGGUAAACUAUCAUUUCCUCAAGCCUCUAUAAUAGGAAGGCUUAUUCAAUAUUCAAAAGUUUUUCCUAACCUAACUGAGCUGAAUGUAAAAGAAGUUUACUAUUCUUUAAUUUCUACAAUCCAAGCUUAUUUCUAUAUUGUAAAUGGAAAAUAAAAGCUACUAUUUCCUGAUAAUAAUUUAUACACAGUAUUAAAUAAUAUUAAAACUAACUUCAGUGAAGAAGAAAAGCUGGCAACAACCCUGGAAAAUUUGCUAAAAAAAUAUACUAAUUUAAAACAGCAAUAAAUAAAAGCAACGAAUAAAGAAGCUGAUGAGAACUUUUUCAUUGAAUACCUUAAAUAAAUUGUUGAAAAGAAUAAACCUCUUCAGAAAAAAUAAGCAGAGCUUGUUGAAAAAGAUCUUAAACCCUAAAUAGAAGAAUAAGAAUGUAACAAUUUAUUCAAAAUGAUAUUUUCAAGACAUGAUGAUUAUAAAUUGAUUUCUUCUAAUUGA